GCAAGAUAAAUAUAACUUAGUGGUUUUGAAGACUUCAAUUUUGAGCGAAUAAGUGCACCAUCAUAAGUAGCAGGCGAAAAGAAUCGGCUUAAAAGGGCUUUGCUGAAAGCUGUGUAUCCAAGAAGGAAGAGAGCGCAAGGCUCGGUGCGUCCAGACGCCGAUAUAAAGGUGCGGACGGCCGCAACAGCCCAACACAACGCGUCGCGCCACAACCGAAGACCUUAAGAAGUCAUCCAACCCGACCAACAAGAAUUUUGAAUUUUAAAUGACGUUGAUUUCGCUGAUUGCCGUACUAUGUGCGAUUUUUUGUCUGACUUUGUCUGUCGUCGUGAUCCAGGGCUUGCCCAAGCCCGAAGAAGAGGCCUUAAGACCGGCCUUUUCGCAACUUUUUCAAGGGGCUAACUUAAAAAGACCUACUUUAAUUCAAGGCAACGGGUUCGAAGGGAGAUCAAAACGAACAGCAGAGUUUCAUAUUCCAGAGUCUGAAUGUAUAUACAUGACGUCUGAAGAAGGCGAAUAUUACCACAAGGCAAUUUCACCGACAGAAAGUGCAUGCGGGGCCUACAUCGUCGCGGAGCCAGACCAACUGAUUGAGAUCCGAUUCAAUUAUUUAGAUGUUCCAUGCGACAACGGCGGCUUAGUGGCGGUCGUGGACGGUUGGGAACUAAAUGGAGAAUUUUUCCCAACAUUUGACGAUAAUAGAAUUAAACCAAGGGAAACAACAAUUUGCGGACAAAGAAAAAUUAAAACACGGUUUUUAAGCUCGCAAAAUGCUGCCCUUAUUCAAUACAGAAUGCCUGCUAGAGGGACCAGUUUCAGCUUCUCAGUUAAAUUUUAUAAGAAUCCCACACCGUGCAAUGUAAUGGUUCAAGACGUUGAACAAGUUUUUACGAUGAGAAAUUACGGAAGACGGUCCAACUGUAGCUUAAGCACGUUGUUUCCGGCGUUCGUCAAGGUGGAAGGUAUCAACGUCGGUGUCACACCGUCUAUCGGAAGAGGAGUAGAAAUGGAAACCGGAACAAUUCACAAGGUUCGAUUUCAGUGUCAAAAGAGAGGUUUGGAUGAUUACGUCCAAAUUGGUGGAUCAAUGGGACUGGACAGCCGAAAACUUGAACAAGCCGAUUCUUUGUGUGGACUUAACUCAAAACCAGUCCAUCAUGGGGAGCUGAUAGCCUGUGGAACAACAACCAUUCGUUUGGUGUCAAGUGGGGCGUUUGACAAUUCAGUUACAGUAAAAAUAAGACAAAUAGACGAGGAGGACAUCGCAAAUGGAUAUAUGAGCGUCGUAUGCGAACUGGAUGAAAUGAAUUAGAACAAGUACUAGAGAAGAACCCUCGCCCGUUUCAUCAAUUUCGCACAUUGUCUAAAAUACGAAAAAUUAUUGAUACUACUAAUAAACAUUAAG